AAACAACAAUGCUCAUGAGCGUGUGCUCAAGCAUUUAACUGAAUUUUACAGAAAAUUAUUUGGAAACAAAAUGGUCAGAUUUAAUUCAUACAGCUAUCAGUAAUCACCUUUAAGAGUAUGGUUGCUUCUAGCGAAAACGAUGUUGAAGUUUAUUUGGAAUAUUUGAAAGAAUCUCCUGCUGCGAGCUAGACAAUGUUUCCGUGACCAUGUUGAUAUUCACUAAAAGUGAAAUGGUGACAAAGACUAUGAGAAACGCGACACUAUUUCUGUUUCUCCUAGUUACUUUUCUCGGUAGAAGAAGUAACAUCUUCGCACAAAGUAUUUGUGGUACACCGCCUUCCAUACCACACGGAACACAUACCAUCCAAAAUGACUACUAUGCUCUUUACAAAUGUAACGUUGGAUACGUCAUGGAUGGCGUAAGCGAUACCUUCCUUCUCAUGUGUGACGCUCUUUCUUCAUCCUGGAUUGGGACCCCACCUCAGUGCAUUCGAGUGAGUUGCCCAGAACCUCCAGUUCCAAACCAUGGCUCAGUAUUAGGAGCAGGUCGUUACUAUGGUGACGUCAUCACAUUCGUUUGUGACACCAAGUAUCGUCUCUACGAUUCGUCGUACUCUCGAACCUGUGGCGAGGACGGGACGUGGUCCGGUGAAAGCCCCGAAUGCUUCCCUGAUCUGAGCAGUACAGAAGUAUGCCCAUCUGGGAGUUGGGAAUACGGAAACGACACCUGCUUUCGAGCGUACAGCACAACCAUGACCUGGACGGAUGCCCGAGACGACUGCGCCAGUGGUAGUCCCGUAGGCAAACUUGCUAUGGUGGCUGAUGGUGACGUCCAGACAUUCUUGGAGGAGAAGUUGGAAGAAUCAGGAAGCACCGAUUCGCUUUGGAUUGGAGGGUCUUACGGAUACGUUUGGUACUGGGAUGAUUCUGGAAACCCACUACAAUAUUUUUCCUGGGCUUGGGAAGAACCAAGCAGCACCAGUGACACAAUCCAGUGUGUCUUCUUGAGUAGUCUGCCAAACCCGAGCGGUGAUAAGAAUCAUGACUAUAACUGGAAUGAUGAGGAUUGUACCGUAAAUAUGGUUUCAGAUAUCCCAAUCUACACUAUCUGCGAGUAUGACUUUUCUUGCUCAUCGAUGAUACCACCGGCUAUUUCCGCAUAUCCAAAAUAUGAAUAUGAUGGGAAAUGCAUAGUGUUCGUUAAGGAGGAACGCAACUGGAACGAUGGGAGGUCAUUCUGCAGUGUCACAUAUGGUAUAGUUGUUGAAAUCCACGACAGUGUAAAGCAGAACUUCCUGGUCGAGAAAGCAAGGGAUGUAGACGGUUCAUCCGGUGUGAACUGGUGGAUUGGAGCAAAGCGAAAAUAUUCAGGAGGCAAAAGUUGGAAUUGGGUUGACGGAAGUCCUAUCACUGAUUUUCAUUGGGGACUUAACGAACCGAGUAAUCCUGAUAUUGAAGAGUGCGUUGAUCUUCUUGUGACUAGCGACUUCAAAUGGAAUGACGAUAGAUGUAUUUUAAGCAGAGAUUAUAUAUGUCAAUAUACUGGUCCCAAAGAAUCCGAGAGAUGCUACGACCCAGGAGAACCAGCGCAUGGCUCAUACUCACCCUCGAAUCCUGAUUGGCUGUAUGGCUCUCACGUGAUCUAUUCAUGUGAUGAAGGGUACACACUUCACGAUAACAUCAGUCGGAUUGAAUGCAACCUUGAUGGAACAUACAAUUCACAUAUUCCAGAAUGUAUACCUGUUUCUUGUGGAAGUGUUUAUCCUUUAUUCGACAACGCAACUCCAAAUCCUACUGGAUCUGAAUUUCGUGACAUCGUAGUCUAUGUAUGUGAUAGCGGAUACUAUCCGGUUGGCGAUAUGUCCGCGGUUUGCCAGCCUAAUGGAACGUGGAGUCAAACAAGUGGAUAUUGUCAAGAAUUUGAUGAAUGCUUAAGCAACCCUUGUCUACAUGGAUCUUCGUGUUUGGACAUGAUAGACUAUUAUCAGUGCGACUGCGUGGAUGGUUACACUGGAACAAAUUGCGAAAUUGAUAUCGACGAAUGCUCUAGCAAUCCAUGUACACACGGUGCUACAUGUCAUGACGUCAUCAACGGUUACACAUGUUUAUGUACACCAGGAUAUGAGGGACCUCAAUGUGAAAAUGAAAUUGACGAAUGUUCUAGCAACCCUUGUCACAAUGGUGGAACCUGCUCUGAUUUCAUCAACACGUACAACUGUACCUGCCUCCCCGGAUAUAAUGGCUUGAACUGUGACAAUGAAAUUGAUGAAUGUUGGAGCAACCCUUGCCAGAAUGGCGCUACCUGUCUGGACAAUAUUGAUAACUUCAACUGUACCUGUUUAUCCGGCUAUGAAGGAAUCCAAUGUGAAUCUGAAAUUGAUGAGUGCUCGAGUAAUCCUUGUCAAAAUGGUGCUACCUGUUCGGACUACAUUUAUAGCUACAAUUGUACCUGUUUACCUGGCUAUGAAGGCAUUCAUUGUGAAUUAGAAAUCGAUGAGUGUUUCAGCAAUCCUUGCCAAAAUGGUGCUACUUGUUCGGACUAUAUUAAUAGCUACAACUGUACCUGUUUACCUGGCUAUGGAGGCAUUUCUUGCGAAUCAGAUAUUGAUGAGUGUUUCAGCAAUCCUUGCCAAAAUGGUGCUACCUGUUCGGACUACAUUGAUAGCUACAACUGUAUGUGUUUACCUGGCUAUGAAGGCAUUUCUUGCGAAUCAGAAAUUGAUGAGUGUUUCAGCAAUCCUUGCCAAAAUGGUGCUACUUGUUCGGACUACAUUGAUAGCUACAACUGUACGUGUUUACCUGGCUAUGAAGGCAUUUCUUGCGAAUCAGAAAUUGAUGAGUGUUUCAGCAAUCCUUGUCAAAAUGGUGCUACCUGUUCGGACUACAUUGACAGCUACAACUGUACAUGUUUACCUGGCUAUGGAGGCAUUCAUUGUGAAUCAGAAAUUGAUGAGUGUUUCAGCAAUCCUUGCCAAAAUGGUGCUACUUGUUCGGACUACAUUGAUAGCUACAACUGUACCUGUUUACCUGGCUAUGAAGGCAUUCAUUGUGAAUCAGAUAUUGAUGAGUGCUCGAGUAAUCCUUGUCAAAAUGGUGCUACCUGUUUGGACCAAAUUGAUAACUACAACUGUACAUGUUUGGCAGGCUACGAGAGCAUUCGUUGUGAAUUAGAAAUUGACGAAUGUUCUAGCAAUCCGUGUCAUAAUGGUGGAACCUGCUCGGACUUCAUCAAUGCGUACAACUGUACCUGCCUCCCUGGGUAUAAUGGCAUGAACUGUGAUAAUGAAAUCGAUGAGUGCUUGAGCAGCCCUUGCCAAAACGGCGCUACCUGCGUGGACUACAUUGAUAACUACAACUGUACCUGUUUACUUGGCUAUGAAGGCAUUCAUUGUGAAUCUGAAAUCGAUGAGUGCUUGAGCAGCCCUUGCCAAAACGGCGCUACCUGCCUGGACCACAUUAAUAGCUACAACUGUACAUGUUUACCUGGCUAUGAAGGCAUUCAUUGUGAAUCAGAUAUUAAUGAGUGCUCCAGUAAUCCUUGUCAAAAUGAUGCUACCUGUUCGGACCAAAUUGAUAACUACAACUGUACAUGCUUAGCAGGCUACGAAGGCAUUAAUUGUGAAUUAGAAAUUGACGAAUGUUCUAGUAAUCCCUGCCGCAAUGGUGGAACCUGUUCUGAUUUCAUCAACGCGUACAACUGUACCUGUCUCCCUGGGUAUAAUGGCAUUAACUGUGAUAAUGAAAUUGAUGAGUGUUCGAGUAAUCCUUGUCAAAAUGGUGCUACCUGCCUGGACGACAUUAAUAGCUACAACUGCACCUGUUCGACAGGCUAUGAAGGCAUUCAUUGUGAAUUUGAAAUUGAUGAGUGUUCCAGUAAUCCUUGUCAAAAUGGUGCUACUUGUUCGGACCUCAUUGAUAGCUACAACUGUACGUGUCUGGCUGGAUAUGAAGGAAGUCGUUGUGAAAAUGAAACCGAUGAAUGUUCCAGUAACCCGUGCAUGAACGGAGCUACAUGUUUUGAUUUAAUUGACUUCUACAACUGUUCAUGUGUACCUGGUUACGAAGGUUUACGAUGUCAAAACGAAAUUGACGAAUGUUCUAGUAACCCCUGCCAAAAUGGGGCUACAUGUAAUAGCUAUACUGGGAUUUACAACUGUUCCUGUUUAGCAGGUUAUGAUGGAAGCCAUUGUGAAAACGAAAUUGACGAAUGUUUCAGUAAUCCCUGUCAAAACGGAGCAACUUGCAUCGAUUCUGUCGAUUCUUACAACUGCACAUGUCCCGGAGGUUUUCAAGGAAUUACCUGUGAAAACGAAACUGAUGAAUGCCAAAGCAAUCCAUGCCUGAACGGAGGUAGCUGCUUUGACGGAAUAAAUUUUUACAACUGCACUUGUCAUGAAGGGUAUCACGGAACAAUCUGUGAAGCUGAGGUAAACGAAUGCACUAGUGAUCCGUGCAUGAAUGGAGCUACCUGUAAUGAUUUCGUCGACUUCUACAACUGUACCUGUCCGCAAGGAUAUGAUGGAAUUAAUUGUCAAAACGAUAUCGACGAAUGUCAAAGCAGUCCUUGCCACAAUGGUGCUACAUGCUCGGAUUAUAUCGAUGCCUAUAACUGUUCAUGUAAUCCUGGUUUUAACGGUCCUAACUGUGAAAAUGAUAUCAACGAAUGUCUCAGUGGGCCAUGUCUCAACGGUGCCCCUUGUUCUGAUGGCAUCGAUUUCUUUAACUGUUCGUGCAUGCCUGGUUAUGACGGUAUCAACUGUGAAAUUGAUAUAAACGAAUGUGUUAGCAAUCCUUGUCUUAAUGGUGCUACCUGCAUGGAUGAAAUGAACUCGUACAACUGCACAUGCACCCCUGGAUUUGAAGGUGUCAACUGUGAGGAUGAUGUCGAUGAAUGCCAAAGCAAUCCAUGUCAACAGGGUGCUACUUGCUUGGACAAAAUCAAUUCCUAUACCUGCUCCUGUAGUCCGGGUUAUGAGGGGAUAAACUGUGAAAAUGCAUCAUCUGACUGUUACAACAGUAACCCGUGUUUAAACAACGGUACAUGUGUAGAAUCAGAUAGCUCUUACAAUUGUUCAUGUCCAACUGGUUAUCAAGGAUCCCAAUGCGAAAUAAAGAUUGACGAAUGUCUAAGCAACCCUUGCCACAACGGAGGGUCGUGCUCAGACUCCAUUAAUCUAUUCAUUUGCACCUGUCUCGGUGGAUAUGAGGGGCGCCAGUGUGAAAAAGAAACCAACGAGUGUUCGAGCAACCCCUGUCAGAAUGGAGCGACCUGCAAGGACUUCAUCAACGGAUAUAUCUGUACAUGUCCAAAAGGAUUCUCGGGGACUUAUUGUGAUGAAAAAUCCCCAGGCGACAAAGCUAACGUUGCCCUUAUUACCAGCCUGUCUGUCGUUAGUUUUAUCUUUCUGGUUGUCAUCAGUAUCAUCUCAUGGUUGCUAGUAAACAGGGGAACCAAAGUUGUUCCAGACGAGGUCGAGCUCGACCCUUCUCCGAAGACCGAUAAGAGUUCGACAGUUGCUUGGGACGAAGCAGGUGACGGUGAUCGACCUCCGUCCCCAAUGUCUGUCGUAAUGCCAAACGGUGAUCAUGCCUACAUUCUAGACGUCGAGGAGAACAUGUAUGAAAAGUGGAUUUGAGAACAUCAGGAAUGAUGAAGAUCAGGAACUCUUCGAUAACGAGCUUUGAUGAUAUUUCAAAGUGUUUGCGUCAUGUAGUUCAAUUGUGUUAAA